GGAAGAGGUCCGCGCCUGCGCACUGACUCUCCUGUCAUCUGGAGCUGGGUUGGUGCAGAGAGGCUGGCGUUGGAGCUGAUGUUCUGGCACAUUCUCACCGUUGUCCAGCAGAGUUGCUGACCACGUGCCAAGGAUGGUCUGGUGUGUCAGGUGGGCAGAGAUGGCAGGUCCCUCCCAGGGUCAGGGGGCGUGCUGACCAGCACCACGCUGUCUGGUCUGCCAGUGGGGGAACGUUCACCCCAAGGCUCCCAAAGCCCCUCACCCACCCAGCGAGAUGUGGUCAGCCCCAUCCUCACCACCCCUGACAGGGGCAGCGGAGAGUUCCGAGGGUGCGAUCCGUGAGGGUUUCCUGUGCCCGCUCUGCCUGAAGGACCUACAGUCGGUGCAGCAGCUACAGUCUCACUAUGAGGAGGCACAUUCCAGUGAGGAGGACGGGCACAUGGUGGGCCAGAUCAAAACUCUGAUUGGCCGGGCGAAGAGGAAGCUGCUGAAACGUGAAGGUGUGGAUCGCGGGGACUCAGAGCAGACGGACUUUGUGUGUUCGGGAGGCGUGGACCCCAGUAUGUGGGAGAGGCAGGAGCUGGGAGCCAUGAGGAACCUGCGGAGUGAUUUCCUGAGGUGGCGAGGGGCCAGGAUUGACCACCAUGUGAUUGAGGUGAACAAACUGCUGAUCCGUCUGGAGAAGUUAACCUCGUUUGACAGAGCAACAAUGGAGCCAGCCAAGAGGAAAGCCCUGGAGCGCUCCGUGGUGAUGUGGGUCUGUGACCAGGAUGUGCCCUGUUGCCCUGACUGUGGUGUGUCCUUCACCCUGACCCUGAGGCGCCAUCACUGCCGCCUGUGUGGCUCCAUCAUGUGCCGGAGGUGCACCCACCUGCUCACCGUCGCCUUCGCCCAGAAGCUGACCCGAGCGGUGAGGGUUUCGGUGAGUGGGGUGAACGCGGUGAGCGUGGGCCUGGAGCCUGGGCGCAGACAGAGUGUCUCCAGUAUCAGCUCCCUCCUGGAGGACCGGGAUGAUGAUGGCAUUCUGUCGUGUCAGCAUUGCAAACGGAUCCUGGAACAGCAGGAGAGACGGCUGGACGAGAGGGAGAGUACGCCGGUGAUCACCCAGCUCUACACGAAGCUGCACACGUGCAUGGAGAGAGUGGAGAAGAUCGCUCCUGACUACGUGAAGAUGGCAGAGUCACUCAAUGCUGGCAAGAACACGUAUGAGCUGGAGACUGCUGCUAACACGCGUGUGGAACUGAUGAGGCUGUAUGAACACAUUGACCUGCUCAGUAAGAGGAUUGCCUCACUGGGACUAUCAGAUGUUCCCCCACCUCACCCGAAAACUGUCCAACUCCAGAAGAUGAUCCGACUCUCCACCACCCAGUUCCUGCAGGAGAAACUCUUGGGCUUGACCUCCCUCCCGACCGCUGAGCGAUUGGAGGAGCUGAAGGCGAUGCGAGCUGAGAGAGAGGCGCAGCGGUGGCGGGAAAGUCAGGGCCAGAGUCCAGCGGUGAGGCCUAGUCGGCAGGAGGUGAGCCGGGACAGCGGGUGGCUGGCUUCGUCCAGUUCGGUGGCUCGCGAUCUGGGCCACCCUCUGCUUGAGCAGAUGGCCAACAUCGAGUGCUUCCUGGCCCAGGCCCGGUCGGCAGGGCGUUUGUGCGAGGCCCGAACCCUGGAGGAGAACCUGCGGCAGCUGCAGGACGAGUGGGAUCGGAUGCAGGAGGAGGAGGAGACCAGGAAGAAGCCUGAGGCCUACUCCUUCGAGGAGGGGAGCGGGAAGCCUGAGGCCUACUCCUUCGAGGAGGGGAGCGGGAAGCCUGAGGCCUACUCCUUCGAGGAGGGGAGCGGGAAGCCUGAGGCCUACUCCUUCGAGGAGGGGAGCGGGAAGCCUGAGGCCUACUCCUUCGAGGAGGGGAGCAGGAAGCCUGAGGCCUACUCCUUCGAGGAGGGGAGCGUGGAGGAGAAGAGGAGCAGGAGGAAGCCUGAUCCCUACCAGGCCUCUCCCUUCGACGGCGUUUCCCAGCCCCGGGGACACCUCAACCCCUUCGAAGAGGAGACCGUAGGCCUCAAUCCUUUUGAGGAGGAGGAGAGGAGCAGGAGGAGCCCCGUGCCCUGCCUCUCCGGGGAAAGGAGUGAGGGCCCCAACCCUUUCGAGGAGGUGGUGGUGCUCGGGGAGACCCCUGUGAAACCCUUCGAGGAGCAGGAGGGCUCCCGGGAGGGUGGGGGCAACCCCUUUGAGGUGGAGGAGGAGGAGGAGAUUGAGGAGGAGUUGCUGAGGCAGCAGAUCGACAACAUCAAGGCCUACGUGUUUGACGCCAAGCAGGCCGGACGCCUGGAUGAAAUGGCCAGCCUCCUGGACAAUCUGGCCGAACUCAGGCAGGCCUUAGACAGCGGCCGGAGGAGACGGAGAGCACUCUGACCCCCUGCUGUACGGCCCUCCGCCAAGGAACCCGGGACUCCAGCCCGGUCAGUCGGCUGUGGGAGGCGGAGGAACACUGCCCUCUGGCCCGAGAGGGUCAACGGGAGCUCUCUCUAUCUCUAUUCCCUGUGGUUUCGGGGG